CUCGUCACAGAAACAAUCAUGCCGACUAAAGGUAUUGCAUCUAAGGGAUCCAAGAAGGCCGCCACCAAGGCAAAGACCGCCCGGUCUACUGACAAGAAACGCAAGAGGAGGAGGAGGGAGUCGUACGCUAUCUACAUCUACAAAGUACUGAAGCAGGUGCACCCCGACACUGGUGUUUCCAGCAAGGCCAUGUCCAUCAUGAACAGCUUUGUCAACGACAUCUUUGAGAGAAUCGCUGCCGAGGCUUCAAGACUGGCCCACUACAACAAAAGGUCCACGAUCACGUCCAGAGAAAUCCAGACUGCCGUGCGACUUCUGUUGCCCGGUGAACUUGCCAAGCACGCCGUGUCUGAGGGCACCAAGGCUGUGACCAAGUACACCAGCAGCAAGUAAACUCCUCGCCAAGGACUUACUCUUCAAACGGCCCUUUUUAGGGCCACCUACACUCUUUUGAAAGAAUUUAAC